GACAAGAUUGUCAAAAGGUUCAAAGUGUUGAUCAAGUCGUGGAGAUAUUUUACACUUUUUUGAGACUUUUGGAGCUUUUUGUGGACUUUAAGCGCUAGGAACCAAUUCAAUGGAUAAUUCUGUGGAUUAUAUCGAAGAUCGAAGCUCAUACGUUAAAUAAUUUUGACAAAAAAUUGGAAAAUUCCUUGGAUAUGGAAGAAGAGAAAGAGGAAAAUGUUGAUAGAAACUGUUGCAGUUUGUCUUYCUGUUCGGCUGAAGAAUGCCGAAAUUUAAAACCAAAAGAAAAACUCGAGGAUGCUAAUGAUGAAUAUGACAUCAAUGGAGCGAUAAAAGAUGUCGUAAACGUGAAUGGAAAUGAAGAAAGUUGCCAGGAUUCAAACUUGAUUUCAAAUAACGAUUUUACUUCACUUGAACUUGACAUUCAAGACAACAACUACGAUUUAGGAAAAGCAAACCUUCGUACUUCUAAAUUUAUAGACUUUAAUUCCUUACCAGACGUUGUUGUUCUAAAAAUUUUAUCAUUUUUAGACAUAAAAUGCCUUGGCCGUGUAUCUUGUGUGUCCAAAUAUUUGAAGAUUUGUUGUCAGUAUUCAUGCUUAUGGACACACGUCAAUCUAAGCAGCAGACGACUUUUGACAGAUGAUGUAAUACUUCGUGUGAUAAAUAUCAGUAAGAACAUUACAUCACUGGAUGUAUCCGAGAGUAGAAAUAUCACCGAGCAUGGGUUGAGAACAGUGUUAAUGGAUUGUACAUCUCUACAGCAGUUCAAGGCUGUAAGGUGUGAGUGUAUAACUGAUAUAUCCUUGGAGACGAUUGGACAGUUUUGUGGGGAAUUGAGUGUGGUUGACUUCAGCAUGUGUAAAAUAACAGACCUUGGAAUGGAAAAGUUUUGUUCCGGCUGUCCCAAACUUCAGCAAAUGAAAUUAGACCAUUGUAGACUGUUGACCAGUAGAACCCUUAUGCAUAUUGCAAACAACUGCCGUGACCUACAGUGGCUGUCAGUAGAAAAUGACAUAGAGAUACAUGAUGAUGGUGUUAAUAAACUAGUAUCUGUAUGUCAUGGAUUAAAGAGAUUGCAACUCAACUCCUGUGGAAUCACUGGAGAGUCUAUAAGAAGCAUCGCAAUCAAUGCACAUGCAAUGACUGUACUAGAUGUGCGGUACUGUACCACACUGAAUGACGAGUUGGUGAAAGAACUAGUCUGCGGCUGCCCUGAUCUUGUUAUCUUGAAUUUAAGCCUGUGUUUUAAUGUGACAGAUCAGUCGGCAGUCCAUAUCUCUCAGUAUUGCUCUUGCUUGAAGAGUAUAUACCUGGUUAACUGUAGGAUCACAGACAAAGGAAUGAAGGUUUUUUCUUGUAGUACUUUUGGUCUGGAAUGGAUUGAUGUGAGUUGGUGUCAAGACAUCACUGAUGACGGUGUUAGGACCUUGGUUUAUGGCUGCAAGACACUUAAACACUUAGGACUAGUUCGAUGUGAUCUAUUGACCAAUGCCACCAUCCAGGAUCUCUGUCAUCAGUAUCCAUCUCUUUACAUUAGUACGUUAUUGACUGAGAUGGACCGUUUGACCAAAAAGGCUGAAAUUUCCGAAAACACCUCCAAUUGAUGGAGUACCCAGCUCAUCAAACUACUGUACAGAAGAUUACAAGUAUAGAACUUCACUAGAGUGCAAACAAUUAAUCCGUGAAACACUAAUUACUAAAUAGUACAAAAUAGUGCUAAUUAAACGUUAGAGAACAAUGGUGUUUGAAUGAAAUUGUGCUACGCGGCAUCCCCAGACAAAAAUCGCGACGUGCACUUUGCAAUAGACUGCCGUCAAUCAAACAAGUUGACGUCAUUUACACGCGUUUGGAUCGGCCCGGAUAGGCCCGGUGAG